UUGGGGAGCAACAUGGCUAGCCAUGUGACAUCGUGACUCGACGUGCAGGAGGCGUACGCGCUGACGUGUACCAUCAUCAUUGAUGCCCCUCGAUCUUGGCAUUCGAUCGCGGUCCAAUGCCAAGACUCUGGAGCAUCAAUCCUAUAUUUUGUACGUGAACACCCCACUGAUGUAUAAUAUCAACUCUAUCAACAUGGACACUACAGGCCCUGUUGAUGAGAUUAUCCACGCCGCUACGGUCAUAUCGUCAACGAUGCCCAGAAUAAAGGUUCAGAAUUUACUCUCGCAUCACCGCCAACAACUACAAUCUGCGCUUGACAGUCUACAGCGAGUUCUGCGAUCUCGACCGUCUAGUGAUAGCAACAAUCAGCAGGGACACGCAGAACUGGAAGGCUCACGCUCAUUGUCUCCAGUCCAUCCCGAGCAGGUAGAUACACUAGAUUCAACAAACAAUGGAAGCAGCCAACAUGCCAUCAAUAUCCGGGAUAAUGGCCGAGAAGACCCUGAACCUCUGCAAUCAGGUUCGCCAAGCCAGAGUCAGCCUCCUAUCGAGGAGAAAAUCAAAUCAGAUGUGGAGAACUUCAUGGAAAAAAUCAAAAAGCAAUCCGAAAAAAUACGCUCCUUCACGAAUAAGAAUGAACGGGAUGCAAUAUCUCAAGGAGAAGAUUGGACGGGCCUGGAUCCUCGCCUAGUUGACAUCAAGCUAGCAGCGCGCGGUUCUACUUUGACCGCAAAAUUCCGGGCAGGACUUGCGCGGUAUUCUUUCGCCAACGACUACUUGGACUGGGCAGAAAAACAUAGCGAAAAGCCUCGUCACGAGUUUCUGAAUAAAGAAACAAAAGAUGCAGAUAACAGGGGGUCAGGAUGUGUCAGUAAGUAUUUGGACGAAAUUGGACAGAACACCGAAGAGGCUCGGAAAGCGAUCCAGUAUGGUUUAAAAUACCACUCAAUCGAGUAUAUUUACGGAAGCUGUGGUGUCUGUGCCUUCCUUUUCUUUGUUUUCGCUGCAUUCCGCGGGUUAACAUAUGGACAUCUACAAUUAUUGGCCGCAUCAAUUCGCAAAUCAGAAUGGUCCGCGUUUUCAGAGGCAAAGGCUCAUUGGGUAUCCAAUUGUCUGUCCAUAUAUGUGGAGAAUUGCACAACUUACCGAUACCGGCAAUCCGGCCAAAAGCGCUCAUUUGAACCCGAGUGCCUUGAACAGCGCCAAAAUAAGCGUACGGAGCUGGACUUCACGUCGACUUUUACAAUUGAAACGCGCGAACAAAGCGAGGCGCGAGAAGCCAGCUUGAGUCUCACAGAAGUGGGCCCGCCCCAUGGAAACGAUGAGACAACAUUGUCAUCUGAGUUACAAUUUGGCUUUGACCCUUUUGAGUGGGAUUGGGCUUUCCUUCUACAAAUUCCCGACACGACAUCCGAGCCGCCGCUUGACAUUUCUGGCCACUCCAAUAGCAACCCCGAUAUGUCUAGAACUGGAGGUGCAGUGUCGCCUUUAUCUCAAUUUAAUCCAUUGGUGCCCCAGACACUUAGUUAGAGUUGUUGUACAUUUGAGUCUCCCCCGCAGGGCUAAUCACCAUAAUCUGUUGUUAUCAAGCUCCAUUAUCAAUACAUAAAAAAUAUCUCGUGGGGAAAGUGCAAGUUGCUAUGCAUCCUUGGGUUGUAUUUCAUAUGCAACGAA